AACUUUUGACGCUCACCACCCCAAUGAGCACAACCUCCAAGCAGGCGGCCGCGCCGCAAGCCGUCCCGCACGUUCCUGAGAUCGGGACGACGAGUGCGCCUCUUAAGAGCGCAGCUUUCUUCAUCGGCGCCCACUGCAAGGAAUACAAUGAGGACUUCAUGCUUUGCAAGGCGGAGAACGGCGACCCGGCACACUGCUUGAAAGAGGGGAGGCGCGUCACACGGUGUGCGACCAAGGUGAUCAACAAGAUGCGGGAGAACUGUCUCAAGCAGUUUGAAGAGCACUGGAACUGUCUCGAGCUGAACAAUCAGGAGUACUACCGGUGUCGGCCCGCUGAGCGGUCGCUGAACAGCUGUGUAUUCGACAAACUGGGUCUUACCAAGACGAUCCCGGGCACUCCAGAAGGCCGGCAGCAGAUACAUGAGAUAGAAAACCCGGUGCUCAAACGCCAGCAGAAGUGAUUUAGAGAGAGAGACUGGCCCCUUUGUAUAUCUUCGCGCGCAAGCUAAUUGACCACGCGACAUGCGGAUUGGCCUUCCUCUUGCCGUCAGGCUGCUGGAGGGAGGGCUCGAUCUGGCCCUCCUGGUCGAUGCGGUUCGACAGCAAGAGUUACAAUACCAGUACAUGAGCGCAAAAAUACAAGCAACAGACGAGAUUUCAGUAGA